AUGCAACGUGUUGUCCACGAUGAUCUGGGCCUUGUCAACUCAAAAAGACAACUUCUGAGUGAGGCAACUAGAGCUAAAAGACGCAAAAGAUCAAAAGAGUUACUAAAUUGGUUCAAAGACCACAAAGAUGUCCCUAUCGUAUACAGUGAUGAACAAAUUUUCACAGUUGAACUAGAACCCACCAGAUACAAUGACAGAUUUCCUGGUAAGUCCAGAAAAACAGUUCCUUUAGAACUGAGGGCUAUUCCAAAGAGACAGCACCCUGUGGGCGUCAUGGUUUGGGCAGGUGUGUGCUCUGAUGGGUCAAAAUCUCCUCUUGUUUUUGUUCCUGAAGGUGUAAAAGUCAACCAGGUGACCUAUGUCGACUUUAUCAAACCUGACCUCAUUCCUUGGGCCAAAAAGAAGUUUGGGGACGAUCCAUGGGCCUUUAUGCAGGAUAGUGCACCAGCACACAGUGCAAAGAAAACUGUCAGCUUGAAAGAAAAUGUUCCGCACCUUUGGACCCCAGAUAUGUGGCCCCCUUCAAGCCCAGAAAUUAAUCCUAUGGAUUUUGCUAUAUGGAGUGUCAUGGAGACCAAGAAUGCAGCCAAAACACAUCCAAAAUUGGCAGCCCUCCGAAACAAAUUGAAGAAGAUCUGGAAGAAUCUUAAUCCGGACAUGAUGCGACAAUGCUGUGAGUUAGUUCCAGAGCGUUUGAAGAGUGUCAUUCAUCCCAAAGGAGGCUACUUUGAAAUUCAUUAG